UCACCCCCCUGCUUCUAGGUUCUGUGAAGAUGGCGAAGGUCUCUGAGCUUUACGAUGUCACUUGGGAAGAAAUGAGAGAUAAAAUGAGAAAAUGGAGAGAAGAAAACUCUCGAAAUAGUGAGCAAAUUGUAGAAGUUGGAGAGGAGUUAAUUAAUGAAUAUGCCUCUAAACUUGGAGAUGAUAUUUGGAUCAUCUAUGAACAAGUGAUGAUUGCAGCCCUAGACUUUGGACGGGAUGAUUUGGCAUUGUUUUGUCUUCAGGAAUUGAGACGACAAUUCCCUGGCAGUCAUAGAGUGAAGCGACUAACUGGCAUGAGAUUUGAAGCCAUGGAAAGAUAUGAUGAUGCUAUACAGCUUUAUGACCGAAUUUUACAAGAAGAUCCAACUAACACUGCUGCAAGAAAGCGUAAGAUUGCCAUUCGAAAAGCCCAGGGGAAAAAUGUGGAGGCCAUUCGGGAGCUGAAUGAGUAUCUUGAACAAUUUGUUAGAGACCAGGAGGCCUGGCAUGAACUUGCAGAGCUUUAUAUCAAUGAACAUGACUAUGCAAAAGCUGCCUUUUGUUUAGAGGAGCUUAUGAUGACUAAUCCACACAACCAUCUGUACUGUCAGCAGUAUGCUGAGGUAAAAUAUACCCAAGGUGGACUUGAAAACCUCGAACUUUCAAGAAAAUACUUUGCACAGUCAUUGAAACUAAACAACAGAAAUAUGAGAGCUUUGUUUGGGCUUUAUAUGUCUGCAAGUCACAUUGCUUCUAAUCCAAAAGCAAGUGCAAAAACAAAAAAGGACAACAUGAAAUAUGCUAGUUGGGCAGCUAGUCAAAUAAACAGAGCUUAUCAGUUUGCAGGUCGAAGUAAGAAGGAAACCAAAUACUCUCUUAAGGCAGUUGAAGACAUGUUGGAAACAUUGCAGAUCACCCAGUCUUAAAGUUUCAAGAACUCUUUCACAAUAGAUUUCACAACUGCACAAUUGAACUUACUGGCCUGUGACUUAUUUACUAAAAUGCCCAGUGCUAUUUAUAUACUGAUUUUCUGUUAAUAGGGCAGUUGUAAAGAAUGUGUUUAUAUAAACCUUAAAAUGCCUUUUACUGCUAAGCAGGAAGAUGGAGAAAAUCCACAGACGAUUCUAGAAGACUCUAUUGAUUGUACAUCAAUUUCUUCAUAUCAUAUAUAUAUAUAUAAAAAAUUGCUUUUAAACCACAAUGUAAAAAUAACCUUGUUAAAUAAACCAUGAUGAUUUAAACUUA